UAGUAGCCUAGGCUAUGUUUGUUUAAUUCCCGAUGGACAUUUUUAAAAGUUCGAAUGUGAGCUGUUAUAGCAACACUAUCACAACUUAACGCGGUAAACCAAACGUUUAAAAUGCCAAUAAGGAAAAUUCAAGUUGUUCACAGUUUGGCAUUGAUUUCCCAAACACACCAAGAGGAGCUCCAAGAACGACUCAUCAGGAGGUCAGAAGUCUCUGGAGAAGUUACAGACAACAAGAGUUUUCAUGCAACCAAAAACCCAUUUGAAGUAACAGAAGAGUUUAUUGUACAUUUCAACCAUGCCCAGUCGGGUGAGGAACAAGAACGGUACAUUGAACUUGCCAACCAACUUCUCAGUGGCAUCAAGCGUCGAGCCGGACUAAAGUCCAUGGGAGAAGGGAACCAUGUUGAACUUCCUCUUGCCUGGAAAGAGCUGCUCUUGUUGAGCUUGUGUAAUGGACAAAUACAAAAUGCUGCAUUGGAUGCCCUUUUGGUGUCUCUGGAUCAGGCACCACUGCAGACCGACCAGAUAACUGUUCUGUUCUACCUGGGAGAGUCAGUGCUGUACUCUGUGUGGUCCGAUGCGUCAUCCAAACCUAAUCUGUACACAUGUGAAAUGAAGUUGCUUAAGCUUGGAUAUUUGGUGUUUCUGAGACUGUUUCUCUUCCAUAUGUCAGAAGACUUGAUUGGGUAUGAGAGAAGUAGAGCUCAUCUUCACAGUUUUCUAAACGCUCUGUCACAUUGUGAGGCAUGCUAUCAUCAGUUUCCGGACAUUUCUUUUGCCGUGCACUUCAUGCUAAGUGUCGGACAGAUAAUAUGUGGAAGUGAAACCAGCGGUCAGGAUUCAGAUCAGCAGGUCAGUGCAACAGUGGUUCAGGAGUACGAGGUGAGCCAUGUCCUGUGGGACUGUCUGCUUUGCUGGUACUCAGAGCAGCACAGCAUCCCUCAACUGCCCAAUGUGGUGGAGCACCUCAUCCUGCACAGGGACCAGAUGCUGCAAGACAACUGGGUGGACAGUAGUUUGGGACUCCUGGUGCUCGGUGAGGCAGCUAAGACCAGCUUGCAGUGCCUGCAGGCCCUGAUGGGCCUUCAUGUGUGGCGGAGGCAGGAGGGAGGCGAGGAGAGAGCGGAGGAGGGUGGGAUUCCGCCAAGGGGUGCCUGGCCUUGGCAGUUGGAGCAUGUGUAUUGUAGCGCGUUGGCUGACAUUUGCCUGCAGAGCAAAAGUGCGGAGAUCCAGAAAGUGGCACUGGCUGGACAAGCCAGCCAGCCUGGGCACAGAGAUGCCGGAGGACUGCUAUCUCUCCUCAAGCUAUCAGAGCAGGAGGGCAACUGGCGGCUACGCUACAGCGCGGUGCAGGCCGUGGCCAGAGUGUGCCGGGACGCUGAGGGGGGCCUGAGGAACGCCGCCUGGCUGGCCCUCCAGGAACAACUGAGCCACGAGCAGGACCAGCGCGUCCACACGGCCAUGACACUCUCAGAGGCCUGGGUGGUUGCUGUAAAAACUCCCACACAACCUGACGGAGCAUGGAGUCCACCCAGCUCUCCGGCUGUCCUGCCAUGUGAGCACCUUAUUUCCUCCCGGCUAGCUCACUUCCUGUCCCACCUCUACCUCCCUGCGACUCCCCACGAGCCUUCCAUCCACUCCCAGCUCUACAGUGCGCCCGAGAAGCGCAUCCACCCGAGGUCCAAAUCUAGAGGAGACCGGGCCUUAUCUGAAAGGAGCCGUGUCAAGACUCCCGUGCCAGUUAUUCCAAAGGUCGAAAGUGGACGUCAGACACCAAGAUCAAGUCAGAAACAAGCUCAUGUGGACUUUGUGAGCCGUACAGACACAGAUCUGAUGAAAGUCAUUGAGGAUCAGUGGCAGAAAGAAUUGCAAAUCAAAAUAGCCGAGGAAGAGGAGAUUGAAAAGGAAGAAAUGGCCAAGCACCAGAAAGAAGUGUUGGAGAAGUUUGAAGGCAUCAUGAGGAGGCGAAAAGAGAUACUGAGAAAGAACACAAAACCAUAUGAGCUUGUGUCGUUCCAGACCACCUCCUGUGCAGAAAUACAAGACUGAAACUGCA